AUGUCGAAGUCGACAACGACCUUCAAUGGUCGAGAGCACCCUAUAGUCAGAAGUGCCCAUCAUGGUACCACUAGUGCUGCGACGACGAUUACAAUCUCGUCAGUUUCCCGAAUCGCUUCUAUAUUAUCCAGAAGCGCUUCUGUUUUGCCCACGGCCCAUAACUUCAGUUCUCGAGGCAAUCCUGUAACAAGCAUACUCCUAUCCUCUCAUCGACUGAAUGCUGGGAUCGCUGUCACCCCUUCUCAAAUCUAA